AAGGGGGCGGGGCCAGGGGGACGUUGCGACUUUCGCCCUGCUGGCUCCAUUUUGAUGCGUCUGUGAAGCGGCUCCGGCUCGGCGGCCCCUGGGAGGCGUCCGGGGCUGGGAGGCAAGGCGAUGGUGCCGCUCGGGCUGCUGCGCUGACUCCGGGCGGGGAAGGACGGGGGAAGAUCGGGGCUUGGAGAAGAGGGAGGAGCGGGCGGAGGAGGCUGAUGCGGGAAAGGACGAGGCGGCCCUGCAGCUGUCGUUGUCCAAGGGUCCGGCCGCCUCCCGCCGCUCCAGCCCCCGACCUUCCUCCUCCUCCUCGUCCCUGCCGUGGAUCAGGAAAUAAAAUAAUAAGUGACGCUCCUGAGGAGAGAUGAAGGAUACUGGAGGUGAAGAACAGAUGAGCAGUUGGCUCUUCAAGCAGCUGAAACUCCAUUUGGAGCAAGAAUGGAAAUACCAACCUCGGGAAAAGGGGCUGAGCCUGAUUGAGUGCGCUGCUGAGAAUGAAAACACCUUAUGUCCAAGACUGAGGAAUGCAAAGGUGGAAGACCUUUGGAGUCUGACCAACUUCUUUGGGUUUGCCACAGAAACGUUUGUUCUGACUGUGAACAUUCUAGACAGAUUUUUGGCACUUAUGAAGGUGAAACCCAAGCAUUUGUCCUGCAUCGGAGUCUGUUGUUUCCAGCUGGCUGCUCGAGUGGUUGAAGAGGAAUGCAACAUUCCAUCCUUCCACGAUGUCAUCCGGAUUAGCCAAUGCAAAUGCACUGUGUCCGACUUGAAGCGGAUGGAAAAAAUAAUCUCGGAAAAACUGCACUUUGACUUCAAAGCUACUACUGCCUUAACCUUUUUGCACUUGUACCAUACUAUUGUACUCUGUCAUACCUCAGAAAGGAAAGAAUUACUGAAUCUUGACAAACUGGAAGCACAACUCAAAGCUUGUAACUGCCGGCUGGUCUUUUCGAAGGCAAAACCAUCCAUCUUGGCCUUGUGCCUUCUCUCUCUGGAAGUGCAGACUCUGAAAUCCAUUGAACUGUUUGAGAUUGUUCUCUAUGUUCAGAAGCAUUCAAAGAUAAGUGACAGUGACUUACUCUACUGGAGGGACCUGGUCUCGAAAUGCUUGUUGGAUUACUCUUCUCCUGCUUGCUGCAAACCAGACCAUAAAAAGCUAGUUUGGAUUGUUUCAAGACGUACCGCCCAAAACCUUCAAAACAGUUAUUAUAGUGUUCCUGAGUUGCCUACAAUCCCAGAAGCUGGAUGCUUCGAUGAAAGUGAGAGUGAGGACUCUUGUGAAGACAUGAGCUGUGGGGAAGAAAGUCUUAGCAGUUCUCCACCGAGUGACCUAGAAGGCACCUUCUUCUUUGACUUCAAACCAAAAUCAAAGUGGCAGGUUCUCUCCUUUGACACAGUGCGCUAGAUUGAACUGUUACUAUAUUAUAGUACUUUAGGCAAUAAGUAGCUAGGUACUCUCAGUAUGUUGACAAGUUCUCUUGAGCACUCAAAACAUGCUCUCCCCUCUUUCUGUAAGUGUGAUGAUUGUCAUAUGUACUAAGGUGGAUCCAAUUGACCACUUAGACCCUUAUUUGAGAAGCAUUAAGUGCACACAACUUGUUAGUGGGCUACAAGAUAACGGUUAAACUAUAUAUGUGCUUGAAUGCUCUUCUGAAUUGGAGCCUUGGGGACAUAAAAUCUUAAUAGAGAGAUAAUUUUGAGGAUAGGCUAAAUUGUAAAGUAGUGUGUGGUUAUUUCUUUGGGGACUGAAGUACUUUAACAUAACUUUAGUUGUGCAUUCUUUUAAAGAAAGGAGUUAAACAAACCUUUGUUCAAUUUCAGGAAGCUUAUUUAAAUCAGGCAAAUGCUUAGAUUAUUUAGGGAGGACAAUGCUCCUUUUUAAAAAAUGCAAACCAGGGGACAACCUGAUUAAAUGUGCCAGGAGUAUAUUAGUGUUAAAAUAUGUGAAGGCUAGCUAGAUCUUCAUAUUAGGAACUGAAGUGUAUUUGGAAAACCUUAGUAUUAAUGUGUUAAAUUAGAAAUUUUGGCAUUCAGUGUAAAGUCUACAUACCCUUUAACUAUUAACUUCCAUAGUUUAUUCCAGUAUUCUUACAUUCUCAUAAUAAGUAAAUCCAUAAUCAUAAUGCAUAUGCAUGCUUAAGUGAAAGCUGUUAGCGGAAAAACAAAUGAUUACGCAGAAGUGUUGGUAAAUGUGAAGCUGAUAAGGUAGUUGUAAUGACACUUAAUUGCUUGUCAUUUUUUCCCUAAAGCACAGACUUCAUGGUUGCAUUACUGAAUAUUUUGAAAUAUAUGCAAAGUGAGCAGAAGAAGAAACAUUACUCCAUACUAUAAUGAUGUAAUAGCAAUGCCAUGGUAGAAAUGAAGGGGAACAGAAGUUAGGGUAGUGGCAUAUGGCCAUCUGUUUUAGACUGAAGUGCAGAAGUGAAUGGUGAUGUGUGGUGUGCUCUGAUUUUUAUAAAGAAAAAAAGUUUACAAAAAUGUGUAAAAAUGUAAAUUAAAACCUGUAUAAAAAUUUAAAAACAGAAUAAGCUGAAAAAUAUUGUAUUUUUACAGUGUGUAUGUAACUUUCUAUACGUAUUUUGCAUGUAGAUAUUAAUUUAUUGUAUCGUGUAUAUGAUAUAAAUACUGUAUAUUGAAGGCUGGCUUUUUUGGUACUGCAAGCCUUAGUGUCAAAAGUUUUCUGAAAGCUAUUUUCUCUCAAAGAUACUUGGAUGAUCUCUUUGCUUCAUUCAGUUCAAUAAAACCAAAUGUGUUUCCUA